UGGCCUGUCACGUGUGUCCCGGCAUCUUCUCACUGGAAAUACAAACAUCAGAGAAGUGAACAUCUUACUGGAACAUCAUAUUGGAACAUCGUCGAAUAAUGAGAACUUUCCUGUUGCUUGUCGCCGUUUUCGGCGUAGCAUUGUCAGACCCAACUGUUUAUUUCCAAGAGGGUUUCUCAAGUGAUGAUUGGAAGGACAGAUGGGUUGAAUCUACUGCCAAAGGAGCAGAUCAAGGCAAAUUUGAAUGGACUGCAGGAAAAUUCUACGGAGAUGCAGAUCUUGACAAAGGUAUUCAAACAUCCCAGGAUGCAAAGUUUUAUGGAAUUUCCAGCAAACUUGAUAAGCCCAUCAGCAAUGAGGGAAAGACUUUAGUUAUCCAGUUCACUGUGAAACAUGAACAGAACAUCGACUGUGGUGGAGGAUACAUGAAACUUUAUCCAAGUGACGUUGACCAGAAAAAUUUGCAUGGAGAUUCUCCAUAUCUUAUCAUGUUUGGCCCUGACAUAUGCGGACCAGGAACCAAAAAAGUACAUGUGAUUUUCACCUACAAAGGAAAAAAUCUUUUAACCAAAAAGGAAAUCAGAUGCAAGGAUGAUGUGUUCACCCAUUUAUACACAUUGAUUGUAAGACCUGACAACACAUAUGAAGUUAAAAUAGAUAAUGUUAAAGCUGAGAGUGGAACUUUGGAAGAUGAUUGGGAUUUCCUUCCACCUAAAAAAAUUAAGGAUCCAGAAGCAAAGAAACCAGACGAUUGGGAUGAAAAUGAGAAAAUCGAUGACCCAGCAGACAAAAAACCAGAAGACUGGGACAAGCCAGAACACAUCCCCGACCCAGAUGCCAAAAAACCUGACGAUUGGGAUGAUGAAAUGGACGGAGAAUGGGAACCACCACAAAUUGAUAACCCAGACUACAAAGGAGAAUGGAAACCAAAACAAAUAGACAACCCAGCUUAUAAAGGAAAAUGGGUUCACCCAGAAAUUGAUAACCCAGAAUAUGUAGAGGAUAAAAAUGUAUAUAGAUAUACUGAUAUUGGAGCAGUAGGAUUUGAUUUAUGGCAGGUAAAAUCAGGUACCAUUUUUGACAACAUUUUAGUAACUGAUGAUGAAAGUAAAGCUGAACAAGUAGGAAAAGAUUUAUGGGAAAAAACAAAAGAUGCAGAAAAAACAAUGAAAGAUAAACAAGAUGAGGAAGAAAGGAAAGUAAGAGAAGAAGAAGACAAGAAACGUAAAGAAGAAGAAGAUAAAAAUAAAAAAGAAGGUGGUGAUGAAGAGGAAGAGGAGGAAGAUGAUGAUGCUGGAGAAGAAGAUAAAGAUGAACAUGACCACGAUGAGUUAUAGGAAAGAAGAUUUUAGGACAGUUUUUAAUUCAUCUUCUCUUCAUCUAUGUAUGGCAGAAUUUAUAAUAAUGUGAUCAAGUUUUAAGAGGGGACAUAAUCCAUGGGGAAAACCUGCAAAUUGUGUUGUGUCAAAUCAAAUUGUCUGUUUUUGUAUCUGUAUUUUAGAGGUUAUCUGAUUGUGAAUGAACAUGGGUGAAUGGUUGUGUAUAUGUUGGUAUGAUGAAUAUUUGUUUUGAUACUGAGAGAAAAAUAUCUGAUGUGUUUGAAAGGCGUGUUACGCAAACAUAACAUUAUUAUCAACCAGAGUUCACAGUUUAUAAAAUCAUGGUAGUAGUCCAUUCUUUAUUUCAAGCUUUAUUUAUUAAGAAUAUUAGGAUACACAUGUUUUUAUUGUAUUUCAUUAUUAUUAAUGUGUUGUUAAUGUGUAUUUGUUAUACUUCUAGUAUAAAUUGAGCAUUCUGGUUGAACUACUAGGUGUUUUACAUUGCCAAAGAAAAAGGAAUGGUAAUAAAACACUUUUAUCAAUA